CUCUCUUUUGAAAUAAGUGAAUUGUGUGUCGCGAGAGUGCAACACGUGUAAAGUAGUGCGUGCUCAAAAAAGUUGAAAGUCAAUAAACAAUGUUGAGGAAAAGUAACUUGUUAAUAAGACGCUUAUGUUUUAUUGCUAGGACGUUUCAUGAUGAGGCGACUAUUAUCGGCUGCACACAAGACGUCAAUUCAUCUGUUUAUCAGGAGAAUUACGUGCAAAUGGAAACUUUAGUCCGCGAAUUGAGGAAGAUCACUGAAAGAAUUGUAGAGGGUGCCGAUGAGAAGACAAAAGAGUGGCACACGAAAAGAGGAAAACUUUUACCGCGAGAACGAAUAAACGUGCUCCUCGAUCCAACCUCUCCUUUUCUCGAACUUUCACAAUUGGCUGGCUACAAACUGUACGAAAAUGAGGAAGUGCCAGCCGGUGGUAUUAUAACUGGCAUAGGUAGAGUAAAAGGGACCGAGUGCAUGAUAAUCGCGAACGAUGCAACCGUGAAGGGUGGUAGUUAUUAUCCGAUUACGGUGAAGAAACAAUUAAGGGCUCAGGAAAUCGCGGAGGAGAAUCGCUUACCUUGCAUAUAUUUAGUGGACAGUGGCGGCGCGAAUUUAUCCAAACAGUCCGAAGUGUUCGCCGAUAAAAUGCAUUUUGGCAGAACCUUUUACAAUCAGGCAAUGAUGAGCGCAAAGGGAAUCGAACAAAUCGCAGUAGUUAUGGGGAGCUGCACGGCAGGGGGUGCGUAUAUACCGUCAAUGGCCGACGAGAACAUCAUCGUCGGUAAACAAGGAACGAUCUUCUUGGCUGGGCCUCCCUUGGUGAAGGCUUCCACCGGCGAAGACAUUUCUGCAGAGAAUUUAGGCGGCGCUGCGGUUCAUUGCCGGGUAUCUGGAGUUACCGACCAUUACGCCAUAGAUGACCAUCACGCUCUGUACCUGACCCGGCAGAUCGUCAAUGACUUGAACAGACAAAGAGUGAUGCACGUAAACGUGGACAAGAACGUGGAAUUACCUGUACACCCUGUUGACGAAAUUUACGGUAUCGUUGGUACGAACUUGAAGAGACGGUACGACGUCAGGGAAGUGAUCGCCAGGAUCGUGGAUGGAUCUAGAUUCCGCGAGUUCAAGGAGCAAUAUGGCGAAACAUUGGUUACAGGAUUCGCGAAGAUCUACGGCUAUCCGGUGGGAAUUCUAGCGAACAAUGGCGUGUUAUUCUCGGAGGGCGCGUUAAAGGGCACUCAUUUUGUGCAGAUCUGCACGCAGAGGAAGAUACCUCUGAUCUUUUUGCAGAACAUUACAGGUUUUAUGGUGGGCAGCGACGCAGAGGCCGGCGGGAUCGCAAAAAAUGGUGCGAAAAUGGUGACUGCUGUAGCUUGUGCCCAAGUACCUAAAAUUACAGUGUUGAUUGGGGGCUCGUACGGAGCAGGGAACUUCGGCAUGUGUGGCCGAGCUUAUUCCCCGAGGUUUCUUUAUUCCUGGCCGAAUUCCAGACUGUCUGUAAUGGGAGGUGAUCAGGCUGCAGGAGUGAUGGUUCAGAUCACCAAGGAUCAACGUCUGCGAGAUGGGAAGGAGUGGACUGCGCAGGAGGAGGAGAAUCUCAAGAGACCUAUCUUAGAAAAGUUCGAAAAAGAGAGCAGUCCGUACUACGGCAGUGCCAGACUCUGGGACGAUGGCAUAAUCGAUCCCGUUGACACCAGACUGGUGCUUGGACUCAGUUUAUCGGCGGCAUUUAACGCGCCCAUUCAGGAGAGUAAAUUCGGAAUUUUCCGAAUGUAAGUCAAUCAAGAUGCAAUCGAUGACCUGCGG